AUGGUUGACCAAAACAACAGCUACAUGACAAAAGGCAAACUUACUAGCGUGUCAACGGAGAAGUUUGACUCCGAGAAUAUGGUCAAUACAAUUUAUCGUGCAGUGCUGGCUGACCUUGCAGUUCCUUCUAGCGAAAAUUCAGCAGGCCGAUUGGAGGAGGAUGCGCUAUUUCUAAUGAUGGCUAGCAUAUACGCUCCUUCUCAGGCACUAUCCAUCACGAUUUUUCGCAUACUCAACAAUUCUCAGCCUAAAAUAAGUAACGCAUCAACACUCGAUAUCUUGGACCGGCUUCCCUACCUGAAGAGCGCAACAAUUCAAGAAAGACUUCGAAUCUCUUCGAUAGUGACCACCCGCCUUUCCCGGAUGGCACCGGACGAGACUUUACAGUAUAAGCAAUGGCAAAUCCCGGCUGGGACUGAAGCCAUGUCUAAUAUUCCGCAGACAUUCGUGAGCACGUCAACGUAUUUUAUCCUGCGGGACCCGGAAAUAUUUCUCGAGCCCACCAAGUUCAUACCCAAGCGUUGGUUGCUGUGUCCGGAAGAGCUCCAGCGCUUGCAGCGUUAUCUCGUUCCGGCCUCGAAGGGCACACUAGGCUGUCUCGGACAAAAGUCAGUAACAUUGCUGCCCCAAAUUUGCCCAUUCUAUCACUGA